AUGUUUUCUCUAAAGUUUCUCCAUUACGGGAUACACGUCGUUUUGGGAGUUAAAGGAAAGCUCAGUCCACGUUAUAUUGGACCCUUUGAAGUUCUAGAGCGAGUUGGUGAAGUAGCAUAUCGUCUCGCAUUACCUCCGCAGUUGGCUCAUAUUCAUAAUGAUUUUCAUGUGUCGACGAUCUGUGGUUACCGAUAUCAUCCAUUGCAUGUCAUUGACUAUCCGCUUAACAAGAUUGAACCAGAUUUAUCUUAUGUUGAGGAACCCGAAGCUAUUAUCGGAUGCGAAGAAAGAAAAAUGCGUCAUCGAUCAAUUCCAUUCGUUAAAGUCCUAUGGCGAAAUCAUUCUGAAAGUGAAGCGACAUGGGAGACAGAGAAAUCAAUGAGAAAGCAGUUCCCGUAA